AAACCUCUGAUUUAUUUUUUCUUGGGUUCGGCGCCGCACUCGUGAGAGCUCGAGGAGUUUGACCAACAGAGCACAGACACACACACACCCAGCGCAUGGCUCUCCGGCACGCGCAGGCCGCCGGCCGGGUCGCUAACGUCGUCGGCCGCGCCCUGACCGAGGCAGCGUCGAACCCCCAGCACCGGCUGCAGAUAUACCUGUCGCGCGACCAGGACCCCCACGUUAACCUCGCAGUCGAGCAGCACCUGCUCGAGGCCUCGCACCGCGACUCCCGCAUCCUGUUCCUCUACACCAACCGGCCCAGCGUCAUCGUCGGCCGGAGCCAGAACCCCUGGCUCGAGACGGACCUCGCCCGCAUCCGCAGCGGCCUCCCCGCCCUGGGGUCGUCGUUUCCAGGGAGUGCCGGCGCCGGUAGCAGCAGCAGCAGCAGCCCCGACGACGGCGGUGGCCGCCCCGUGGUCCCCGUAGACCUGGUCCGGCGGCGCUCCGGCGGCGGCACCGUCUUCCACGACUGGGGCAACAUGAACUACAGCGUCAUCGCCCCGCGCGCCGGCUUCGACCCAGACCGGCACGCCCUCAUGGUGGCCGCCGCCCUGCGCGAGUCCCUGGCCGUGCCCGGCGUGCGCGUGACGGAGCGCCACGAUAUCGUCAUGGACGUGCCCGUCCCAGAAGACCCGCCGCCGCCGCCACCCGCGGUCUCGACCUUCAAGAUCUCGGGCUCCGCCUACCGCCUCAACGGCAUGCGGUCCCUGCACCACGGCACCUGCCUGCUCCGCUCGCCGUACCUGGCGCAGAUCGGCCCGCUGCUGCGCUCGCCCGCCGCGCCGUUCCUCCGCUCCACCGGCAUCGCCAGCGUGCGCUCGCCCGUGCGCAACGUCGGCGUCGACCCCGCCGCGUUCCAGGCCGCCGUGCGAGAGCGCUUCACGUCAAAGUACGAGCACCUCCUCGGCGGCGACGGUUCGCUCUUCGUCGGUAGUGUGGGUUCCGACGCGCUGGCGAUCCCCGAGGUGGCAAAGGUGGUUGCGGAACUACGGUCCCCUGAGUGGAAGUUCGGUCAGACCACGCAGUUUACCUUCUCGACACACCCAACCGAAGAAGAUCCAAGGGAAAGGCCACCUCUCCCUUCGGAUGUUCCCGCUAAUUUCCGGGCGGGCAUGACGAUACGCUAUGGCAAAAUCAAGAACUGCGACAUAGCAGGCAUUGAUUCUGCCUCAUCGCUGUCGCAUGACACCAGCUCCGGGACAGAGGCCAUGGCGUCCCUUAACAACGCCCUUGUGGGCCUGAAUCUGCACGAAAUCACAGACUGGCGGAACACGCUGGCCCGCCUCUCGCCCGCCUCACCAGCCAUCUCGUCUGUUGGCAGCUGGCUGAACACCAUUUUUGGAAACAGCUGUUCGUGAGAAUCUUGGUCGGAAACAAUCUGCAAAUGUCUAUAUAGAAAAAACGCUGUAAUGCCGUGAUGGAUGAAAAGCGAUAGAGUUAGAUAUCGAUAGAUAGAUACCCCCUUUCAUAGACACUGGUUUUCGUGUCACUUGGGCCUGCCUCAGCACUUGUUCCA